AUGGCUUCUCACGAUUUUGCUCGCAGUGUACUUGGUGUCAUCGGAAACGUCAUUUCAAUCAUUUUGUUCUUGUCAACAGUGCCAACGUUUUAUAAGAUAUGGAAAAAGAAGUCGGUUGAACAGUAUUCUCCGGUGCCGUACCUAGUCACCUUCGUCAAUUGUGGCCUAUGGAUCUUCUACGGCCUUCCGUUUGUGCACCCGCAUAGCUUGUUGGUCACGACAACAAAUGGGGCUGGAAUCGUGAUCGAGUCCGUCUACUUGCUUCUUUUUAUUAUCUACUCUGAUAGUAAAAAGAGAAUCCGAGUAAUACUGGUUUUGAUCAUGGAAAUUAUAUUUCUCGGGGUUUUGUUUGCUUUGACACUAACAUUAGCACAUGGCACGAAGCUCCGAUCAGCGAUUAUCGGUAGCAUUUGCAUCGCGGGUAACAUUAUGAUGUAUGCAUCCCCACUCUCUGUCAUGAAAAUGGUGAUCAAAACAAAAAGCGUGGAGUACAUGCCGUUUCUGUUAUCUCUAUUUUGUUUCGCAAAUGGCGUUUGUUGGUUCUCGUAUGGUCUCAUCCGUUUCGAUCCAUUCGUCGUUGCACCUAACGGAAUCGGGGCUCUUUUUGCUUUGGCUCAACUGGUGCUAUAUGCAAUUUUUUACAAAUCGACACAAAGGAUAAUGGCGGAAAGACAAGCCAAAGGCGAACUCAACCUCGGAAACGUGACUCCAUCUUCUAGAUCGAAUAACAGCCAAUUAGAAUUUGUUUAA